AGAGUAUUUAUUGAACACAACUAGGUGUACAACGGGUGUCUAAAGCUAAUUUGUCUUCCUAAAAUUAAUUUUACAAUUAAGCUUGUUUCGAUAAUUAUUACAAAGUACAAAAUUAGUUAAUUUUGAUUUUUGCAGCCUCUCUUAGGCUUAGUUUUCGUUCAUUACAUUCAAGAAUAUGAUAUUGUGAACAUUUCUUACCGCAGUGCUUGCAUUCACAAUCUAUUGUCGCUUGAGAAUGAAAAUUUUUAUUCUUACAAAAUAAAUAGUGGUACCCGUGACAGGCAAAUCUCGUAAACACUUGGCGAUCACUGAACAUUGCACAUUGCCAAUUUUUAUUCUUCAUAGUUUCUGUCUCGUAGAACUCAUCACAUAUCUCAAGUUUGUUUAAAUAUUUAGACACACAAAAUUUCUGGAAUGCUUCAGUUUCAGUUAGAGAAUAUUUUACCUGUAAGUCCGAUACAAAGAGAUCAGUGUCAACUAAUUCAUACACAAAUCUAGAUCUAAUAUACUUGGACAGUCCUAAAACUCUUUUUAAAUAUCUUGUUUUGACUUUUUCAAGAUUUUCAAAAUCAGUCUUUGUUAGGAAAGGCCAUAUUUCUUCAAUGCCGUAGGACGCAAUUGGGGAAAUUUUUAGAUCAAAUAGCUUGUGUGCUGUUUCAAUGGAUAAUUGUUUUAGUUCUCGUAUAUUAUAAGUGGCCAGCAAUGCAGCUCUUGUUCUUUUUUCAAUGUGCUUUCCAAAAGACAUUCCUGAUGGUUGAAAAGUAACUCCUAAAUAUGUAAACUCAGCAACUCUCUCUAUUUCAAUUCCACCUAAAUCUAGGCGGUCACUUAAUGCAUAUUUUCCUAGACCCUUAUUUCUAAAUUUCAUGAAUUUGCACUUUUCCAAGUUAAGUUUCAAACUGCGUUUUAACAAAAAUUCUUUCAUUCUGGCUAAAGCAAUUUUCAAGUCACUUAAUUUUUCUGAGGUUAAAACAAUAUCAUCUGCAUAAUAAAUGGCUUUCACGUUUGGCAAAUCUCGUAGAAUAUUAUUUAUAUCAGCUAAAGAGUAAUUGAACAGAAAUGGGGACGUGCAUCCCCCCUGUCUUACCCCAUUUGAUUGUGUAAUAAGUUUUGAUACUGUUACUCCAUCUACUAUUCUCAAGAAAUUUAAGUCUAAGUUGUGAGCUAAAUAAUUUAACUCCGUGAACGUUAGCUUCUUGCUUUCUAUUAACUUCUUAAAAAUAAACGCCCUAUCUAUUGAGUCAAAAGCUUUACUUACAUCCAAAAAUAAGGCAUAUAAGGGUGAUUUCUUCUUAUAAACUGUCUCUUGAAUGUUAUUAACUAAGGACUUAAUUGCCUGUAAAGUGGAUUUUCCUUUCACAAAACCAUAUUGAUUGCCUGGAAUCUCGUGAAUCAAAGAUGAGUAGAUACGUGCAUGCAGUACACGAUCUAACAGAUUGUAAAAAGCCGAACUAAUACAUAUUCCUCUAUAUGAAUUUGUAUUUUCCGCGUCCCCUUUUCCCUUAUACAAGAGUUUUAGAUUUGACUGCCUCCAUUCCUCUGGACAUGUUCCUAGCUCCAAGCAUUUGGUGAAAAAUUGCGUUAUUUCGGGGAGUAAGGAUUCAACAAGUAGUUUAAUAUUUUCAUUCUUCACUUUGUCAGGUCCAGGGGAUUUCCCGUUUUUCAUUUUCUUUAAUGCUAACAAAACUUCUUCUUCCAUAAUAGGUGAAAAAUUUAUAUCAUUUCUGUAAUCUACUAUCAUCUCUUUCAGAUUUAAAGAUUCAUUUUCACUCAAUUUUUUCUCGUUGAAAAUUUUUUCAAAAUUGCACUCCCAUUCAUCCAUCAUUAUAUUGUUUGUAUUGUAAAAACUUUUGCUCAACUUGAGAAUUUUAUAGCACUUAUUCUGCUCCGCCUCUUUUAAAAUGUCCAACUCCUUCAUUUGCACAAAAGCGUUCUUCUUCAUUUCACACACAUUUUUGUAAUUUCUUUUUAUUGCGGUAUAGUGCGGUAAUAGAAUCUUGAUUAUACUAGUUACAUUUAAACUUUCAGCCACUUCCAAGCACUCUCUCCAUUCGUUCAAUUUCUGUUUUAAUUCGUAGCAUUCAGAAUCAAACCACGGUUGACUAAUCCGUUCAGUUUGCCUACGAGGAAUGUCGGCCUCUUUCAUAAUAUUUAUCAUAUUUUUAUAAAACUCUUCAACGUCCCCCUUUUCCAGAUUUGUUCUUAGAAUAUUUUUAUAUUUAGUCUCAAUAAGCUCUUUAAGUAUGUUUUCAUCUAAUUUAAAAUUUUUCUUAUUCAAAGACAUGUCCCCAUUUCUGUUCUUUUGUUUCGUGAAAUUAAAUUCUAUUGAAAUAAAAUUAUGUUUUCUUAUGGUUGGGCAAAUUUUAAAAUUUUCGGUGUAAAUUUUUGGCCCUUUGAAGAUUAAAUCAACCACACUAUGACCAUUACUACAGUCGUAGGUACUUUUAUAUGGAUAUUCAUUUACUAUUGUCAGACUGUUUUCCUCAGCAAAAUCAAGCAGCGAGUCAAUUUUUUUGUUUUUAGUAUCCAGUCGGCAAUUAAAGUCUCCAGCCAAAAUGAAAUUUUCAAAAUUUUCAACAUAUUUAAGGAUUGAGAGAAGUUCAUUAGUCACUGUUGUAGAACGUAUCUUCGGAUUUAAAUAGCAUGUUACUACUGUAAUGUCAUCAAAAUUUAGAAUUAUGAAGUUUUCCAAAUAUUUCACAAUUAGUAAAUUUCCUAACCUAGAAUUAAAAUACACGGAAAUUCCCCUCAUCGGUCGCCCUGCCUCCUUAUGUGAAGCUAAAACUUGCCUUGAAUAAAAACCAGGAAUGUGAAGUGGUUUCUUUAAAAAUGUUUCCGUGAAAAGAAGAAUAUCAUAAUUUUGCAGUUCUGUUGCAAUCGGAGAUUCAUAUGCUUUCGUAAGCCCUUCACAAUUCCAAAGCCCUAAUUUUAAGUUACUCACGUCGCUGUUUCGACAAGGGAAAUCUAUAAAGAAAGUUUCUCACGAGCACCACAGUUGCGCUUGCUUCUCUCCCUGGGUGCAACAGUCUGCGAAUUAGGGGCAUCAUUUAGCUGCUCUCCGUCAUCCGGCUUCCCUCCAGUCUCUUCUUCUUCCUCUCCGGCCUCCUUUGGGUUGAACAAAUUCCCACAGUUUCCCCAGCGUUUGGAGACAUACUUGUUGUACAGAUGAACAGUGACAGGGACAUCUCGAAGUUCUUCGUACAGAGUGUCCAAGACCCAGAGGCGAUGCAGCCUGUCCAUGCCACUGCACAUGUAGGUCAUUGCAAUCUCGUCAAUCUCUUCCUCUCGAAUGACUUGGGCCAGCUUAGCAAAUGCAGUCUUCACUCCCUUUAGGAAAGGCUCAGGUGCUUUGUGCAACUUGUGGGGGGACCUCAUUUUAGUUACCACGUGAAACACAGUACCGUACUUUUCAGUCUUCUCUCUGAUGAUCCCGCCUAUUUCAGUCUUUCCCGGCUCCGCUUUUGGUUUGCCCACCGCCGCCGUAACCUCUUGUGCAGCCCCCAUGCUGGUCCAGAGAUCAGAGGCUAUGGCGUGUGCCUUUAUCUCUUGCUUGGCAUCCAGUAGACUGACCCCUUGAUGUUCAACAAACUUGACCUUGGCUCCCUCCACUGCGAGCGACUCAUCAUUCUUCAGGGCCUCAUCGAGUUGGGCAGAGCGAUCGAUGUAUUGGUUCACGCAGGGUGUGUCAUCAGCCUUUGUCAGAGGAGCAAUUGGUGGAUAAUAACCUCUCUGAUACCUGCCGUGAAAUUGCCUCCGUCUGUUAUCUGUACCGCUCGACUCAUUUUCUGCAUUCUUCUCGUAGAAAAGGACCUUCCGCUCAAGCUCCCUCAGCUUAGCCUCGUGCUUCUCAUCUCUCUCCUUCCAGGACAAACGUUCCUUUUCGAAUUCCUCCUGCAUCAAAGAUACUGUUUUACUGAACAUUUCGCCAAGUUGGUCAUUCUGAAUUUUGAGCUGAUUUGAGAAUUGCAGCGUGACAUGCUGGAAAACACGCUGAAUGAUUUCCUCCAACGUUACUACAGCUCCCGGAGGAGCCGGACCUCCUGCAUAAAGGGUUUGGCGCCAUCUCCUGUCCGGGGGUGGGUGGAGUUCCUUCGGGCCAUGCUGGAUGAUGGAAUUUUGCUCUAUUUUCUGUAUGUCCGUAAGAAGGGCCACAAUUUAUGGGUGGCUGGGCAGCGUACCCUUGUGGUGACCUCCACGGCACAUGUGCAGAUGCCAUGGCCUUCAACUCAGGGAAAAAAGGCGAAAUUAGACACACGACCCUCCUAAACCAGUGUUUUCCUUACCGAAGCAGUGCUGCCAACCAAAAGUUAUAUUUUUGGCAAAAUAAAUUAUUUGAUGAUUGAAACGGCAAAAUCAGAAUAAUACAGAAUAAUACAAGGAUGUCGGAUAAUCCGGCCAGACAAGUGCCUUUGGGAGUGCUUUUAAAAGCAAAAAGCUCAAACGAUUGCCAAGUAACAGGUUGUGAUUGGAAUCGCAGAAAGAAGUAUGAUAAUGCCCCGGGUGAUGGCACAAAGAUAGCGGCGUUUUUUUUCCCAUCCAAUCCACAUACCUGUUCAAAAUGGGUUGCAUUCUGCAACAAUCCAACUUUAUCAGAAAAACCAUUUGCCCAAGUCGAGCGAAAAUAUUUCAUCUGCAGCCAGCACUUUGAAGGGACAAUGGUUGGCUUUUCAACUGACGGGAGAUUGUUUCUCAAGGAGCGAGGUGCAACACCAACAACAAAUGGGCCUCUUGUUUUAGACGAUUCAGGGUGUUUUAUCAGUCCGAUCAGACCACCGAAGAAUGCGUUUGAAGCACGCCUGUUAGGUUUGAAAGCAACUGCUGGCCAAGUCAACGAUGACCAAAACUACGAAGAGGAUGAUUGGGAAUGUGAAGAUUUCGAGGUUUUGUAUCAAAGAGUGGCUGAAAUUUUCAGUGUUGAGAGCGACGAGGCUCAUUUACAGCAAGCAGGUUUAGUGGUAUAAGGAAGAAUGCAGAAAAGGAAGGUUUGGUGUUAUAAGGAAGAAUGCAGAGAAGGAAAUUUUUAUGCAUCCAUUUAAAACUACAAAAUCUAUCCUAGCAAUAAGGAAAUGUAAAUUUAAGGAAAACAAAUGGAUUGACAAAGGAUAAAAAAAUUGAUGAUUCCCUGAAAAAUCCUCAAUUUGGCAAUAAACCGAGAGGACCAAUAUCCGGAGAGCGACUACGAGGCUUGAACAAGAAAAAAAAUCUACGACUGUGAACCAAACUGGAGUGGGCCAUGGAAUUUUUUCUAUCUUGAAGUCAGUUGCUGCUGAAUCCAAAAGACUGCCAAACAACAUAAAGCUAUUGAAGGGAAAAAUUCAUUUCCUUCUCAAAAAAACCAAGAGGCUACAAGCAGCAGCGCAGAGAGCAAAGGAGAAAAAACUGACUGCACAAGAAUGCAAAAAGAUCACCUUAAAUUAUCUGCAAAAAAUUUUGAGGCCAGCUCAAUUUGAAUUCGUAGCCUGUCUCAUAGAAAAUGCAGGCAAGAAACCUUCUGGUCGACGAUAUUCUCAUAAGUUCAAAACAAUAUGUCUUGGACUUUACAUCUUUGACCCUCGUGCUUACAACAAUCUGCGGAUGCUCCUAGACUCUUUACCAGCAGAGAGCACAUUAAAGGAAAUGCUUGAUAGGAACCAAAUAACAGAGGGAUUCAACGAUUUUAUUUUUGAAGCAAUGAAGUGUCUGGCUCUUGACAUUGACGACUGGGCCAAAUAUGUCGUUUUGUCGUGGGACGCAAUAAACCUCAAGCCGGAACUUCAUUAUGUGAGACAAGGUGAUGAGGAAGGCUACUUGCUUGGAGUUGAUAGAGAAUCCAAACAUCUAGCAACACAGGCAAACGUCCUUAUGCUCAAGUCCAUUUUUGGGAACUUCAAGCUGCCACUGCUUUAUGAGUUUCAUGACCCUUCUUUGACUGCCACAAAGAUCAAGAAGACCAUUGAAAAGGCCAUCACAAAAGUCAAUGGCACUGGGCUGAUUGUGAAGGCCCUGGUGUGUGACCAGGGUCCUGCGCACAUAGGUCUCUUUAGCAACACAUUCCAAGUCAGCCCUGAAAAGCCGUACAUAGUCAGGGACAACCAAAAGAUUUUCUGUCUCUUUGACCCUCCACAUCUUUUGAAAAGCAUCAAGUCCAACCUUAAGAAAGCUGUGGGGGUUCAAAAGAGAAAAGAUGGAACAGAAGCUCUUGCAAAUUGGGCUGACAUUGUCUCCUUUUAUGAACUCGACUGCCAGAAAAUAACUCGAGUAGCACCAAAACUCACCGAAUCCCACAUUUUUGGUGAUUCGAUGACCAACAUGAAUGUUCCGAUGGCAGCGCAAGUUCUCAGUCGGACAGUAGCUGGAGGUAUACGACAAUGCAUCCAAGACGGCAAAAUUGAUAAGAAAGCAGAAGGUACAGCUGAAUUGUGCACCUUUUUCAACGACCUGUUCGACUCCUGUAACGCUAAAAUUCGAAGACCAGAUCCGGAGAAACCUGAAGAGUGGCUGCCAAGAAGAAAACCACUGAAAGAAGCAGUUACAGCAGACUCCCCACACCAUGUUUUGUGGAGUAAAGCAACGGAGUACAUAAAAAACCUAAGAUUCUACAGGCCACCAAAAGGAGAGCAAGAGGAUGGGACUUUUUACCGACCACCAUGUUUGAAUGGAUGGCUUCUCACUAUAGCAGCAUUUCAAGGCCUUUGGGAUGAAAUGCAUGCCCUAGGGUGUGAGGAGAUGCCAACAGGAGCAAUAAAUCAGGAUUUCGUGGAAAACUUUUUCUCGCAGGUUCGCUAUAGAAAUGGGCAUCCUGAUGUCACUCCCCGAGAGUUUUGUAGAGUAUACAAGUUCCUUAUGGUACAACAUGUCAUGGACCCUACCCGAGGAAAGAAUUCAAACUGUUUGGAGGAUGGUGCUGUUUUUUGGGACCUCUUCAACCAGGUGGACUUCACCAAAAUUGCCGCUCAAAAAUCACAAUCUGCUGUAAAUGACAGAGACAAGCAAGAAGGAGAAACUUCUAAGGACCCAGAAGAUACUGAAGAAUAUGUUUUAAGUGAUAACCACGGGGACGUCAAAUAUGCAUCCUAUCUUGCAAGAAGGCUUACACAAAACAACGGCAUGUGUGAUUUUUGCUUAACUGCAUUUGCAGUUGAUCCAGGAAGUCGAGAAGAACAGCACAGCAUUUUGUCACUGACUGAAGACAAAAGCAGCAACUACUCGUUUGUCGCCUGCUCCAGUAGACUGCAGUUAUUUGUCCACCGGGCCUCCAAAAGCUUCAUCCAGAUUCUGCAAAUUAGCUAUGCUGAGAAAGACAUCGGGGCUCUCCUGGCUGAGGCAAUCAAGUGCAGUGAAGAUUUUGACUUUCUCGAAUCGUCUUGUGCAUUACACGGGGAAGUCAACAAAACCUUCAUGGUCAAAGUCAUGCUGCGAUCGCUGAUGCGUUUCGUUCUGAAGCAGCAGAACCAUCAGUUGAAAGCUGUCCUGCGAGCUAGCAGAGGGAAAGUUAAGAUUGCAACAUUGGCCACAUCUGCAAAAGUUCCUAAGCUGUUUUCUGAUGAAGUUAUUUUUUCCAAGAGAGUUUCGGUCGCAAGGCCAUUAAUUGGUGGUCAAUCGAGCACUUCAUACCCGCAAGUAACAACAAAUAUUUACCAGGCAGCAGCAGAAGAAAAUAAGGCAGCUUGGAAGAAGAAAGGAAAUCUCAAAAAUUCCGCAGGACUGUUCGCCCAAUUCACUCCUGCUGGAAAGAAGCUUGAAGUCUCGGAAGAAGUAGAGAUCAGAGAAGAAGGAAUCUCGGUCCUCGACUCUACACUUCCCAGUCCCCAACACCAUUCCACUCCGCUUGCACAAAGAACCAAGAGAAAGAGCGAGUGUGAAAGCUCCCAGGUGAACACUGACAAAAGAAUCAGGCCAAGAGCUCAGUCAUUCACUAGUCCGCUCCUCACUCGACCACUGAUGAUAAUGGCCCGUCCAGGAGGGCAGCAAACAGCAACACCAAUGCGCCCAAGGACCAACUCAUUGAAUGGUGUUUUUGGCCAACCACUCUGUUUCAUACGGAUGCCUUCAGCUACAGACCCCAUUCCAGCCAAUCCACAAACUCCCCGAACAAUCAUGGUGCGGCUGCAGCCUAGCACCAAGUUCAUUCUACCUGAGCCUUCUGCAACAAAGCAAGAAAAUCCUCGGUGAUAUGAAAUCUGGUUCGCAGUUAAUUAGGAAUGCUGCUUUAAAUUUUACGCUUAUGGAAUCUGUGUUAUUACAAACAAGAGUUGUGCUUUAUUAUAGCUAGUCUUCAAUUGGAAAUAUUUUAAUUUUGUAUUCCAAAUCUUUUAAUCGACUGAGAUAAAUAAACUUGUUAUAUUUUGAAAAUGAAGUAUGGUUUUAUUUAUUUCCUUCUUUAAAUUAUCCUUUAUUUUAAAAUAAUUUAAUCCAAGUUUUUGGAAUUUCAAACUCAAAUUUUCUGUUUCAGUAACAAGGAGCACUUAUUUUGCUUAUUUUAUUAUCACUAUGCGAGGUAUACCGCGUACCGCGUUUUCAUUCAAAAAUGUUAUGGAGGUCAUGGGAGAGGAAAGAAGCUCCGCCUCCACGGGUUAAAUCGUAGUCAGCUAAACGGCGAGAGCCGCCGCUUCUA